AUGGCCCCCAGCACCGUGGCCGUGGAGCUGCUCAGCCCCAAGGAGAAAAACCGGUUACGCAAGCCGGUGGUGGAGAAGAUGCGCCGCGACCGUAUCAACAGCAGCAUCGAGCAGCUGAAGCUGCUGCUCGAGCAGGAGUUCGCUCGGCACCAGCCUAACUCUAAACUGGAGAAGGCCGACAUCCUGGAGAUGGCCGUCAGCUACCUGAAGCACAGUAAAGCCUUUGCCGCCGCCGCUGCCGGCCCCAAGAGCCUGCACCAGGACUACAGCGAGGGCUACUCGUGGUGCUUGCAGGAGGCCGUACGCUUCCUGACGCUGCACGCGGCCAGCGAUACGCACAUGAAGCUGCUCUACCACUUCCAGCGACCUCCGGCCGCACCUGCCGCGCCCAAGGAGCCCCCGGCAGCCAGCGUCGGACCCCCACUCUCGCUCACCUCAGCCAAGGCCUCUGCCCCACGACAGCCUGCCUGCGGCCUCUGGCGGCCCUGGUGA